CCCAUGGAUUUGGAAAAUCAAAACAGAGACGGAAUCUGAUGGGAACCGCGCUCAAAGUCAAGCGGGCCGGUGAUAUUUGUCCAUUCUAUCUACACAACUGCAAGAGUGAAGUGAGCUUAGCCUCAGCUCCACAGAUUUCGAUUUCAUGGCUCAUUCCUUAAUUUCUCUGCUUUUACUCUCUUUUCUUCUUCUCUUCGCCUCUUUUCCCCGAUCGCAGUCAAACCAGUUUUGUGAUGCUGGGAUUGGAUAUCGUGAGUCAACGUGUGGGAUUUCGCCAUCAUCGUCGUCGUCAAAGCUGUUGAUUAAGGGAGGAACCGUUGUGAAUGCUCACCAGCAGGAGAUAGCUGAUGUUUAUGUGGAAGAUGGCGUUAUUGUUGCUGUCAAGCCUAAUAUCAAGGUUGGGGAUGAUGUUACCUUGCUUGAUGCCACUGGAAAAUACAUCAUGCCAGGAGGAAUUGAUCCUCACACGCACCUAGCUAUGGAGUUUAUGGGUACUGAGACGAUCGAUGACUUCUUUAGUGGUCAGGCUGCAGCAUUAGCAGGUGGAACAACAAUGCAUAUUGACUUUGUUAUACCAGUUAAUGGUAGCUUGGUAGCAGGUUUUGAAGCCUAUGAAAGGAAAGCAAAGAAAUCUUGUAUGGAUUAUGGUUUCCAUAUGGCAAUCACAAAAUGGGAUGAAUCAGUUUCAAGGGAAAUGGAAAUAAUGGUUAACGAGAAAGGCAUCAACUCUUUCAAGUUUUUCAUGGCAUACAAAGGGUCUCUCAUGAUAAAUGAUGAGCUUCUACUGCAAGGACUGAAGAGGUGUAAGUCUCUUGGUGCCUUGGCUAUGGUCCAUGCUGAAAAUGGAGACGCUGUAUUUGAGGGACAGAAGAGAAUGAUUGAGCUUGGUAUUACUGGUCCAGAAGGGCAUGCCCUUUCUAGGCCUGCAGUGCUAGAAGGUGAGGCAACUGCUCGAGCAAUUCGUUUGGCAAGGUUUGUGAAUACGCCUCUUUAUGUUGUCCAUGUGAUGAGCAUUGAUGCCAUGGAAGAAAUAGCUAAAGCUCGAAAGUCAGGGCAGAAGGUUAUUGGAGAGCCUGUGGUUUCUGGAUUGGUCCUUGAUGAUUCUGGGCUUUGGGAUCCUGACUUCAUCACUGCAGCAAAGUAUGUCAUGAGUCCUCCUAUAAGGGAAUCAGGACAUGACAAGGCUCUGCAAGCUGCCCUUUCAACUGGAGUUUUGCAGCUUGUAGGAACUGAUCAUUGUGUCUUUAAUUCUACACAAAAAGCUUUUGGCAUUGAUGAUUUCCGGAAAAUUCCCAAUGGUGUCAAUGGGAUUGAGGAGAGGAUGCACCUGGUUUGGGAUACGAUGGUGGAAUCUGGCCAAAUUUCUGUCACUGAUUAUGUCCGGAUAACAAGCACUGAAUGUGCCAGGAUCUUCAAUCUCUAUCCAAGAAAAGGGGCAAUUCUUGCUGGAUCUGAUGCAGAUAUCAUUAUAUUUAAUCCUAACUCGAGCUUUGAAAUAAGGGCAAGCUCCCACCACUCUAGAACUGAUACUAAUGUCUUUGACGGUAGGAAAGGAAAGGGAAAGGUUGAAGUAACAAUUGCUGGAGGAAGAGUUGUUUGGCAAGAUGAUGAGCUGAAAGUUGUUCCUGGUUCUGGAAAGUAUAUAGAAAUGCCUCCCUUCAGUUAUCUUUUCAAUGGGAUUGACAAGGCUGAUGCUAAGUACCUAUCUUCCCUCCAAGCUCCUGUAAGGCGCUUUAACUCGGCAUCUUAAAUGGAAGGUACUUGUAUAUUUUUGUAUUUGUAAAUAAAAUUAGAAGAAAAUUACUCAUCUUGAGUUUGAGCAAAUAAAGUUAAUAAGAUUAUGCAGAAAUACUUUGUGUAACAUACAUGAAUGCAACUUUGGAUUUCAAUAUAGUAAUCAAUGUGUUGCACUUAAUUUAC